AUGUGGUGUUCCUACGGAAAGAUCUCACUGCGACCUUAUGCUUUUUACCUCACUUUAUGGGUACAAACUUCUGUUUCGACCUGGGGCCGUUCCCAUCUUCAUGACGUCGAAGACACUUUGUGGCAGCGAGCCCCUUCCGCUGAACCGGACAAUCCAAUCACUGAACUCUUUCCCAGCUUGCAUGACUUUCACUUUUCCAACUGGGCUGCAGACCCCAACGAAUUAUGGAUGACAUCGGAGCUCUUAGACCACCCCAAGAAUUCGAUGUUGCAGCCAACACUAGCCGGACAUGAUAUUCAUGAAUUAUUACAAGCCUCUCCCAAUGUUGAUGAACCGUUCUGUCCUGAUUUUCAAGUUGAAUCUCGGAGGAUCGAUGAAGAGGUAGGCUCAAGAAAGCGCGUAAAACCUAGUCACGGGUAUUGGUAUUCGCCCCAAGAAACGACAUCUUCUUCAUUGAAUUCACGCUCGUCGCGUGAUCAUGGCAACGUGGAGUCAGUUCCGAAAAGCCCCAGCUCAAGUGGCUUGAGGGAAGUCAAUGGAAGCCAGACACCAACUCAGGACGAAAUAUUUAUGCUGCUUGACGAAUCUGAAGUCAGAACGACAGGUCACCCCUUUCGAACUGCUCAAAGUGUGGCGGACCUACCUGCUAGCUCUGGUGGAAAGAGGAGCCGAAACAAGAUACCAUUUAUAGAGAAAUACUGCCAAGAAAUGUUGAAGAAGCUUGGCUCGAAUUGGUUUAGAGCCGGGCAAGUCCCAUGGGAAAAACUACAUCCAACAUUACCCAUCCUUUCUAAGCUCAAAGAGGGUGAGAAGGGGUUCAGGGCCAUAAGGAUUUCCAAAGGCGGCAACAAAAAAACACUUCAGACUUUUGUAAUUAUAGAAUCCCUGUAUGAGAAUUUGCUUUGGGAGAUAUAUCAUUCCCACACAACACGGCUCAAUCUGCCACAUGAACACAUGAUGCAUGUUGGAAAUAUAUUCGACCUUCUGGACCAAGAAAUCUUCAACCCUGAAAACGGGGUUCCACUCUUGGGUAUUAGUAAGAAGACGGCGAAAGGUUGGAAAGAAGACUUUUCAAAGCAUCAGUGGGGAGAGACACAGGAAAUUUUGGCAAGAUAUUUCUCGGCCAAUCCAAGAGAUAAAAUUCCAGUUGAUAGAUUGGCGGCAUAUUUGAUAAGAUCUUACUACGGAGCUCAGGAAAAUGAAGAACCAGCAUUAAGAAACUUCCAGCUCGAAACAACUCAGCAAACAGAUGAGUUACAAAUGCUCAUGGAAGACUCAUACUUCCGCCAACGGUACGAGUUUAUUUACAACCUAGCAUCCGGUGACGACCAGUUGGAUAUUUUCAGCAAUGGCGGAGGCCAACUAUGGACUUCAAAAAACUCUAAAAUUGACCUCUAUGCCGCAACUGCUUCAAUUAACUCAGAGAAACUCCGGAAAACACAGGCAAUACAACCCCAACGCAGCGUAAAGAUAAAACAUGCAACAUUACCAAUCGUUCUGAUAUCGAACUUCAAAGCGGGAAAUUCAGAUAGCAUCCGAGUGUUGGAACUUCCCGAUAGUCUAAACGAGGUCACAUUUAAAAUGGAUGCAUUUCUGAUGGUUUAUAACCAUUUGACGAAGGUGGUUGAUAUGCUCCAUCAGAAAAUACUCGAGCGGUUGGACGUACCGGUUGAUGAGAAGACAAAACGGAGAAUAGCUGCUUCUGGGUCAACCAGUGUUUGGGGCGACUCAACUGUCAAUGAUUGA